CCCAUUCAGUCUUCUCCAUUCGGCAGCCGAGCGGUGCGGACGUUAGGUGGUGUUAUCUCGCGUAGUUUAUAAGUCGCGUCAACUUUACGUUAAAAUAAAAACCAAACAAAUACUCCAAAAUGGCUGAUCAGGAGAAUAAGGACUUCAGCGAAGACAUCGCGGACCAGAGCUUUGAACAGAAUGGUGAUGCUGAGAACGGUGGCGGUGACGCUACAGAAAAUGGCCAAGAAUCGCAGGAAGACAGGUCGGGUGGAGCGAACCAGGAGUCUCUCAAUGAUAGAAAAUUGUUCGUCGGAGGGCUCAGCUGGGAAACUACUGACAAGGAGCUAAGAGAUCACUUUGGUUCAUAUGGUGAUAUUGAAAGUAUCAACGUCAAGACAGAUCCGAACACCGGACGGUCUCGAGGAUUCGCGUUCAUUGUUUUUGCUCGAGCUGAAUCACUAGAUAAGAUCAUGGCUGCUGGUGAUCACGUAAUCAAUAACAAGAAAGUUGAUCCCAAAAAAGCGAAGGCUCGUCAUGGAAAGAUCUUUGUUGGAGGUCUUUCGACAGAACUGACCGAUGACGACAUCAAAAACUUCUUUUCCCAAUUUGGUUCUAUUGUUGAAGUAGAGAUGCCGUUUGAUAAGACAAAGAACCAGAGGAAAGGGUUCUGCUUCAUCACAUUUGAAUCGGAACAAGUAGUAAAUGAACUAUUGAAAACACCAAAACAAACUAUUAACGGAAAAGAGGUUGACGUAAAGAAAGCAACUCCCAAACCCGACGGGAUGGGUGGCAUGCGUGGCAGUGGCGCUGGAGGUCGCGGAGGACGUGGAGGUCGAGGGGGACGAGGCCGAGGAUUCGGCGGUCAAGGCGGUUGGGGUCAAGGCGGCUACGGUGGCGGUUACGGCGGCGGUUACGGCCAGGGUGGAUAUGGAGGUGGCUAUGAUGGUUAUGGAGGUGGAUACGACUAUUAUGGCGGUGGUUAUGGCGGUUAUGGUGGCUACGACUACAGUGGAUACGGCCACUAAUUGAAGCACUAGAUACGCGGCAGAUGCCAUUGUUGGUCUAUUUUUAAGACGAAGGAAACUUGUAUAUUAAGACGAUUUUAAACAGGAUGAUUCUAUGUAUGCAGACUUGAAUAUGGCGCGUAUACGAACGGAAGUUUUUUUUUUAAUCGUAAAAUUUUAAGAUUUUUUUUUUUUUUUUUUUUUUCAAUUUACUUUUAAUAUUUUUUUUUUCUUUCAACGGUAUCUAUUAAUUGUUAUACUACAUUGAUCUCUUACGUAGAACACCGUCCUGUUAGUACUAUUCGUGAAAUCUAUUUUUAUGUGGAAUGGUGGUGGAACAACAUGGCUGAUGUGUCUGCUCUGUAUAUAGUGCUCUCUUGAGACAGGCAAAUGGUUUUGGGUUCGAAUGACUAUAUUGUAAUGAAUAUAGAUGGGAUAUUUGUACUUUGAAUGAGAAUUCCUUAUGAGACUGCUCUGCUAUUCGAGUUGGUAAUUCUUUGAAUACUGUUGGAUCUAAUUGUUUUACGAGAUAUUCAAGUAUCUCACCUUAGCGUGCAGACUCAUUAUUCAGAAAACUCAAAUCAAGUUUACCAUAAAGAGCCUGUUCACAUAACUUUGAAUUAUGUUCGCAUUGUUUGCGAAUACUUCUGAAUUAAAAUAUUAAUUACUUCAAUUCAAUUCUUUUGUUUUUGUUUUGUAGUUCUACAAAAUACUUACGGUAAUUUUUUUCCUUUUUUUUCAUAUUUACCUUACCUUCACUUUGCGCAUCCAAUUGAAAUUUUUAUGUAUUGAACAUAUUUAAAGAGAUUGGAGCUAAGAACGUACCCUGAAUAUUUUUAAUGUACUUCCCUGGUAUCAGCCAUCGUGUUACGCUGUGACCAACUAACUUAUAUCUUAUAUACGUUAUAUUCUUUGAUGCCUUGUUAUAAUAUAUUUACUUAAUAUGCUAUAAAUGAAUGAAUAUAUAACUUAUUAACAAUACACUAGGAGAAUAUAAUAUGUAACAGUGAAAGUGUGAAGCCAGAUGAGCUGUUCCAACUAUUUUUAUUAUUGGUUCAAUCUUUGUACAAUUUUUUGUCGUAUUGAAAAAUUGACGUUUCCUUGUGUUCUUAAAGUCUUAUCGGCAAAAGAAAAAUGUGUUCUGGAAUUGAUGUACCUACAUUUCAUUUAGAAGUAGUUAAAUUUUCUUUAUUUGAAAAAUAAAUUCGAUCUUUCAUACGUUCACUGAUUGAUGUCAGUGAAUUAGUAGAAUUUAUUGUUUUGUAAAAAAGAAUUUCUUUAAAUUCUGCAGACUCACUGACUUCAAAUCCACGCAAUCACUGUAACAUAAUUAUAUAUGAAACCAAUUAUGUGGUAAAUAUAAAAACAAAGUGUACAGGAUAA